AUGCAAAGGGAAACAAUUUAUAAACAAUCGGUAUCCCAAUCACUCACUUCGGAGGUUAAGGAGAUUACCGGUCACCGGAACAAAUCGGACGGAGUUCAGCUCGCCGUCGCCGCUGCUUGUUGGACGGAGUUUAGCCGUCGAACGUCCUGUCGCCGCCGCUCUCUGUCAUUUAGUCACAGCCGCCGCUCGCCUUCUUCUCCUCGUCGUCGGCUGAAGUGUGCGUCGUCGAUUGACAGAAAAUGUGAUGUCGAAACGGAACGGAGGUCGCCGGCCGGGUUAGGGGUCGUCGGUCUCCUCCUUCGUCGCCGGAGUUAUCGCCGGACAGAGCUUCGGGGAUGGCUGCGGCUCACCGGAAUGUACGGAUGUUGCCGGUGA